GAAGCUGAGCAGAUCAGGGGCCCUGCCCCAAGCAAGCACAGGCUCCCCCGGCCCCAGGAGCCUGGGGGAAAGGGUCCAGCUGGGCCAGCCCUGCGGAGACCAUGGGAUCCACAGAGAAAAAACAGCCCCCUGCAGUGUUUGACUGGUUCUUCGAAGCUGGCCGCCCCCACUCCCUGGAGGAGGAUCCCCAGAUCCUGCGGCAGUUCCCGCCGGACUUCCGGGAACAGGAGGCCAUGCAGAUGGUGCCCAAGUUCUGUUUCCCUUUCGACGUAGAAAGGGAGCUGCCCAACCCUGCUGUCCAGCACUUCACCUUCGCCCUCACUGACCUGCUGGGCAACCGCAGAUUUGGCUUCUGCCGCCUGCGAGCUGGUGCAUGCAGCUGCCUCUGUAUCCUCAGCCACCUUCCCUGGUUUGAAGUGUUCUACAAGAUCCUCAAUACUGUGGGGGACCUCCUAGCCCAGAACCAAGUCACCGAAGCUGAAGAACUCCUACAGAACUUACAGCAACACCCUCUUCCUGGACCGGGGUUUUCAGGGGAACCAGAGAUGGGCAGCAGCUUGGCCAUCUGGAGCCAGUGUGGGAUCCUGCCUCCUGCCCUGGGGAAUAGCAAGCUGCUUUCUUAUUCUGUGGACCCGGAUUCUGCCGGCCUGCCGUCUAUUCCUGAGAACAGGAAUCUCACGGAGCUGGUGGUCGCUGUGAGGGAUGAGAACAUCGUGGGGCUCUUCGCGGCGCUGCUGGCUGAGAGGAGGGUCUUGCUCACGGCCAGCAAGCUCAGCACGCUGACAGCCUGCGUUCACGCGUCCUGUGCUUUGCUCUACCCCAUGCACUGGGAGCACGUCCUGAUUCCCACGCUGCCCCCACACCUGCUGGAUUACUGCUGCGCGCCCAUGCCCUACCUCAUCGGAGUCCACGCUAGUCUCGCUGAGAGAGUUCGGGAGAAGGCACUGGAAGAUGUCGUGGUGUUGAACGCCGACUCCAACACGCUGGAGACGCCCUUCGACGACGUACAAGCGCUGCCCCCAGACGUUGUAUCCCUGCUGAGGCUUCGACUGAGGAAGGUGGCGCUGAGCCCCGGGGAAGGAGUGUCCCGACUCUUCCUAAAAGCCCAGGCCCUGCUCUUCGGAGGGUACCGCGACGCACUGGUCUGCAUCCCGGGUCAGCCCGUGACCUUCAGUGAAGAAGCUUUCUUGGCUCAGAAGCCGGGGUCGCCGCUGCAGACCUUCCACAAGAGGGCGGUGCACCUGCAGCUGUUCAAGCAGUUCAUCGAAACCCGACUGGAGAAACUCAAUGCUGGGGAAGGCUUCUCAGACCAAUUCGAGCAAGAGAUCAUCGCCUGCUGUGGGGCUUCCUCAGGCGCCCUCCGAUCCUACCAGCUCUGGGUAGAUAGUCUUAAGAAAGGUGGUGACGCCCUCUUGCAUUCAAUGAAGGCCAAAACCCGACCAGCCGUCAGGAACAUGUACCGAUCGGCGAAGAGCGGCUUGAAAGGGGUGCAGAACCUGCUUAUGACUAAGGACGGAGACUCUGGCCUCCAGAGGGGGGGCUCCCUGAGAACCCUAAGCCUCACCAGCCGCUCAGAUCGCCUGCAACAGCGCCUGCCUAUCAGCCAGCACUUUGGGCAGAACAGGCCCCUCCGCCCUAGCAGGAGACUCAGGCGAGAAGAGGGACCUUCUGAACCCCUUGGCGAGAGGAGCCCUGCCUUGAGCCCCGAGGACACCCAGAGUCCCUGGGCAGAGGAAACUCUAGACGGCAGCUUUCUGGGGUCCGGAGGAGAACUGGAUCUAUUGAGCGAGAUUCUCGACAGUCUGAGCGUGGAAACCAAGAGUGGCGGCCGGCUGAGGGCCAGCCAGAGCUUGAACUGCUGCCAGCAGGGGGCGUCGGAGAGCUGCUUCAGUCUGCCUGACAUCCCAGCGAGGUCACCAUGGCAACUGGAAGAGGAUGAGCAUGAGCGAUCCCCGGAACCCCAGCCCUGGUCCUUGCCAGGGGACCUGACGGCUCUGCAGGACACUCCAUCUUUAGAGGUUGCAAGCUGCUCCAUGAACUGUUCGCAGCCGCCCUCAGACAUCUCUCCGCAAGCAUCUUCAGCCACUUCAGCAGACCCCAGCUGCCAAGGGGACCCCGAGCUCUCUGCUCCCACCGAGCCGGAUCCUAGAAUCCCACAAAGCCCUUGCUCCAGGCUCCCCCCAGUGCCCACUCAGCCCAGCCCGCCAAAGAGCCCCCAACUUCUUGCCCCCACAAAGCUCAGCUGUGACGCUGUCGGGACAUUACAAUCCAUUCGGUCUCCCUCACACUCCAAUUCUCCAGAGAUCCCCAGAAACCAGCCUCCCCAGGUCCUGCGGAAUCAGACUCGAGUGCCACCCCUCAAGGAGCGAGGAGUCAGCAACCCGCAAGGGCCCGCCGCCAGGCAGCCUCGCGUUGCUGACCUGAAAAAGUGUUUUGAAAACUAAGAGCCGGGGUGUGGAGGGGACCCCGGCUCUCAAUAAAGCUGAUUUUUU